UCGAAUAAUAAAUGGAGAAAUAAUGGAAUGCCGUAAUUUGCGACGUUAAAUGCCCCUUCUUUAAUCAUAUUCAGUUGCUGAACCUUCCAAGUUUCCAAUUUCUCGCUUCCCUUCUCUCCCACCCCCCUCUCCUUCUUCACGCGUUUUCUCGGAAUAUUUCUAUUAUUAUUCUGAAUGGGAAAGAAAAUGCGUUGCCAUAACCGGGCGGAUUUGAAGCUAAUGCUCCCUUCCCUCGACACGUUCCAGAGAUGUGGUACAGGAACACGAGCAUUUGCCCGGCCGUGAAAUGUUAAUGUUGUCCAUUUGUUCUCUGUGAAUCAGGACGUUGUAGGAUGUGAGGUUUAAUCGGGGUUUGGCCUCAGGGAUAGGGUUUCUUUAUUGCUAGUGAUUGUACGUUUUAGCUCAGAUUUGUUGCAGCUUCGGCAUUGUGAAUUUGUAGGAUUAGUUUGUGGAAUUAUUGGCCAGUCCUUGAACAAAAUGAUAAUCGAGAACUAACUAGGGCAAACAAUUCUAGUUUGGCUGAUCAGAAGCUAAUUAAGUUCAUCAAACAUGCCAAGCAUCAGAGCUCCGGCGACCAAGAAAACCACUACCCUUACUUGUCAUCUCCUUGUUAUUCGCUAUAGGUUGCUGUAAGGUGUAGACCGUUAAUGGUGAGAGAACGUGAUCGUGAUAUAGUCAGAGUGAGCAAUGAUAAGGAGGUACUUGUUUUGGAUCCCGACUUGUCAAAGUACUACCUCGAUCGUAUUCAAAAUCGGACAAAGGAGCGGAAGUACUCUUUCGACUUUGCAUUUGGCCCUGAAUCCACUAAUUUGGAUGUUUACAGAAGAAGUAUAUCUUCUGUAAUUGCUGGAGUUGUUCAAGGUCUAAAUGUAACUAUAUUUGCGUAUGGCUCAACUGGAAGUGGUAAAACAUAUACAAUGGUUGGAACUCAAGAUGAUCCUGGGCUUAUGGUUCUCAGUUUGCAUACAAUUUUUGAUCUUAUCAAGACUGAUAAUAGCUCUGAUGACUUCGGAGUGUCUUGCUCCUACCUUGAAGUUUAUAAUGAAGUUAUCUAUGAUUUGCUCGAAAAAUCCUCAGGUCAUUUGGAACUUAGGGAGGAUCCUGAACAAGGAAUAGUUGUUUCUGGGCUUAGAUGCGUCAAGGUUCAAUCCGCUGAUAAGAUUCUUGAACUUUUAAAUUUGGGGAACAGCAGACGAAAAACAGAAAGCACAGAGGCUAAUGAAACAUCAUCACGUUCACAUGCAGUUUUGGAGAUUACCGUGACAAGAAGGCAGAGAAACAAGUACAGUGGUCAGGUUAUGAAGGGAAAACUUGCCCUAGUGGAUCUUGCUGGCAGUGAACGAGCUUCUGAAACAAAUAGUGGAGGCCAAAAGCUAAGGGAUGGUGCAAAUAUUAAUCGUUCACUUCUUGCUUUAGCAAACUGCAUUAAUGCACUAGGAAAACAACAGAAGAAGGGUCUAGCUUAUGUUCCUUACCGGAAUAGCAAGCUGACACGGAUCCUUAAAGAUGGCUUGAGUGGUAAUUCCCAAACAGUUAUGGUUGCCACCAUAUCACCUGCUGAUAAACAGUAUCAUCAUACUGUUAAUACCUUAAAAUAUGCCGACCGAGCUAAGGAAAUUAAGACACACAUCCAGAAGAACAUCGGCACCAUUGAUACCCAUGUAUCUGACUACCAACGCAUGAUUGACAGUCUUCAGAUAGAGGUCUGCCGCUUAAAAAAGGAGUUAGCUGAGAAGGAAUCUCGGCUAUGUGUGAAACCAACAGAAAAUGCUGUGGAUGAUGAACUGUCUUGGUUGAAUACAUUAAGCCAAGAAAUUAGUGAAAAUGUCCAGGAUCGAAUAAACUUACAGAAGGCUGUAUUCGAACUUGAGGAAACUAACCUUCGAAACCGCACUGAACUCCAACAUCUAGAUGAUGCCAUUGCAAAACAGCAGUCUAUUGAGAAAGAAGGAGCAGUAGUGCAGGCUUUAAGAGCAAGACAACAGGUCAUUCUUGAUAAUAUUCGUGACAAUGAUGAGGCUGGUGUCAGUUACCAAAAGGAAAUUGAAGCAAAUGAGAAGCGUCGCUGUGAGCUACAAGAUAUGAUUGAGGAUGCCAUUAGUAGCAAUGGCAAUAAAACCUACUUGCGCAUUCUCAGUCAAUAUAGGCUCCUGGGAAUGGCUAAUACUGAGCUUCAAUUUGAAAUUGCAAUGAGAGACCAAAUCAUUCACAACCAACGAGAAGCUCACAGAAACCUCUGGGACUUGCUCAUGGCUUUUGGAUUUGAUGAGAAGCAGAUAUUGGAGCUAGCUGCCAAGCAAGGAAUAACCAUAGAAGACCAGACAACAAGGGCGGCCCAUUUGGAAUUGUCUAACAGGAGGCCAUCAUUAGAUCUGGGUUAUGGAAGACUUUCACCCGUGCUGGAUGGUCCUUGCAGUGGAGGCAGAUCAUCUUGCGUUUUCCAACACAGUCGAGACCUUAAUUCUAGAACAUUUUCCAGACAUUGGGAUUUGGCUCGCACGUUUUUUAUGGAGGAGCAUCAUAGUUCAUACUACUUGAUGUCUCAUGAUCACUCCCCGUCAGCAUACUUGAGGCGUAGUACUGGACAUUGGGUUGGUGGCAGGCCAGGCUCAUGGUUCUGCACUCCUAAUGGCCCUUCUCUUAGCCUUCGCAAUUCAUAUCCACAGAUGAAAAGUCGUUCUUCUCCAUACAGUGAAGGCUACAUGCCAGGUUCAUCCUUUAGUGCCGACCUUGCCUGGCAACAUAAGGAGACAUGGAAUAACAUUACAAGGCGGCAUCUACGCCAAGGUCAUCAUAUUGGAAAGAGUAGCACCGAAGAUUUAUUCACUAAUAACCGUGGAUCAGCUCGCAAUCUGUUUGGACACAAUCCUUCAGAGCAAAGUUCUGGCAUGCUAAAUCCUAACUGCAUUUUCCCGGACGCUAGAGCCUCUAACCACCCAGAUAUUUCUCAAGUGCUCCCAUCCUAUGUUACUCCAGGACCGAUGUCUCAGUUCCCAUAGCUUUUGAUCCUCAUCGCACCAAUUUUGGAUAGACUUGAUGAAAAAUUUCUCUCUUCUUCCUCAUACCCUUGCUGUUCUUUUCCAUAACGUUCUUUCCUUCAAAUGUACAUAGGACAAGUAGUAUGUCCAUAGUUGCGGUCUCGGUGAACAGCUAAUUUUUGUGUUCUAUUCAUUUACCCUUUGUUGUCUUUUUCUUUUUUUCUGGACACAGAGAGGAGAGAUGAGCUGUCUAGUGCGGUGGUAGCGAGCUAACUGAGCAAAUAUGUCGAGUGGAAGGCUGAUGUGAAUACUUUUGUACAUAUGUCGUGAACCUUAGUAGUUGUUCCAUGUGUUGAUUAGGGCAAAUGUUAGUUGUUUCUCUCUUUUCGGGUUGAAAAUGCAUCAGCUUCUGAUUUUUUA